CACUGUUACUGGAGAAAUAUUGGAUUAAUAUUUUAUCUCUACUCAACUACAUGGUUUGUGUACUUUGUCCACCACUGUGUUAUAUGACUUCAUCAAUCUAUAAUAUCAUUGUGGAGGAAUAUUGGCCAGUUCAUUGAGUUUGCGGGCAUUUGUUUAUGAACAGCUCUCUUCGGCUGAGCUGAAGGAAUAACUAUACUAUAACUGUACUAUAGUCCAAAGGACAUUGUUUUAUAAGUCUUGUGAUUUGUUCAGAUACAACCUUGCAAACUUAGUCUGUGCUGAAAUGUUCUUAUUAGAGUGAAAAGGAUUUCACUUCCAAAUAAACCAUAAUUGUUCAGUGUUUUUCUAAUUGUACUGUCAUGAACUAUUACCAAUUGACAUUCUAACUGAGGCCUGUAGAGUCUGAGAUGUAACUCUGUUUUUUGCACUUUCUCUGAGCAUUGCACAUUGGGGUGAAUUUUCUGGGAGUCUACUCCUGGAAUGAUUGGUAAUUGUCUUGAAUGUUUUGUCCUUGAUUUAUUAGUAGCACCUAGCUACAACUUAGUCUCUCAAAUCCUAUGGAAGCAGUUAGGGUGUACUUAGUUUUUCACACAGGGUUUCUCUAUUUUUUUCUCUAUUAUAAAUUAUACAGACUUUUGCAUUUAAUAACAGAAUAGUUCAAACAAGGAAACAUUCAAUCAAGGAAACAUCACACAAUUAUUGGGAGCUUAAAAAACCUUCUUCCUGAAAAUUAAUAAAGCAAUUACUAAAACACAAACAGGGCAAAAAACCCUAGAGAACCACUAUCCCUAGAGGUAUUAAUCAGUAUUAAUACUGAUUAAUACCUAAAAUGGUCCUUCACUGAGUUCCUAUUUGUUUUCUCACUUCUCAUACUAAGACGCAGCUCAAGGGAAGUUUGCUGCGAUCAUACCGGCCUUAACGCUGUAUUUUCUUGUGUGGAAAAGGCCCGGGAUUCGGUAUAUUAAUUAAGUGUACACUGGAGCUGAAUGGUCCGCCUCUCGUGACAUCACCAAGAAUAUACCAAGGCUUUCAGUGAGAUUAUUUAAGGGACUUAAGCGACCCUAAAAUUUCAAACACUGCGGGAAUAUCACCUAAAAAAGGAUUACAUUUUUUUGCUUCUUACUGAAGCUUCUGAGACUGGAAGCCUAAGAAAACAGCACCCACACACCUGAGCUGUCUUAACCUAAGAUGUCUUCGGUAACUAUGUCAGUUAGGUUUGCAUUUCUUCAUGUCUUAGGCAUUCUGUCUCUGACCCCCAUCACCUUUGGAGCUGACUUAGUUGCGGUGCCUAUUGGAUGCGGCACGCGCGCGGCGGACUUGACGGACUCUCCGGACUCGCGCGCGCUGCUGCUGUGUCCCGCGAACUGCACGCUGUGGAAACUGUCAGUGUUCGGCUCUGUGAUUUACGCCUCCAUCUCAAGUAUCUGCGGUGCCGCUCUGCACAGUGGGAUUAUAGGUUCCUCGGGAGGAGCUGUGGAGAUUCAGAAACUGGCCGGCAGGAGUCACUAUCUCAGCACUUACGCACACGGCAUCCAGACUCAGUCGCUGUCAAGCUGGAGUGCAUCAUUCACUGUAGCCAGAACAUUUGCCUUGCCUAUGGAAGUGUCUAGUCAAACCAUCACUGCUGACAUUCCAGCAUCUGGAGUAGCAAAGAAAGCUGCCAAAAAAAGCCAGAAGAAACCUCAAGCAGCAGAAAAUAGAGAUUGUCUUGUAGAUAUAGCUCUGAUUCUGGACAGCAGCUAUCAUAUAGGACAUCGGCGUUUCAACCUACAGAAGAACUUAAUUGGUAGACUAGCCGCAAUGCUGAAGGUAGGACCAGAUGGACCACAUGUGGGAGUGGUGCAAGCCAGUGAGACACCAAGAAUUGAGUUCUACCUGGGCAACUAUAGCAUGCCCAAAGAUGUGAUUUUUGCCCUCAAAGAGGUAUCUUAUGGUGGGGGAAACACUAAUACAGGCAAAGCGAUACUCCAUACAGUAAGACAUUUUUUCAAUCCUGACUUUGGAAUGCGAAAAGGUCAUCCACGGAUUAUUGUAGCAUUUGUUGAUGGAUGGCCCUCAGACAACCUGGAGGAUGCAGCAGUAAUGGCUAGAGAAUCUGGAAUUAACUUGUUUAUAGUGAAUGUAGCCAAACCUAUCCCAGAAGAGAUGGGAAUGGUGAGGGAUCAAGACUUCAUGAAGAAGGCAGGAUGUAAAGACAAUGGAUUUUUCUCAAUGACCAUUCCAAGUUGGUUCAGCACAAGUAAGUUUGUGAAGCCUCUGGCUCAGAAGCUCUGCUCUGUUGACCAGUUACUCUGCAGCAAGACAUGCUAUAACUCUGUUAAUCUGGGCUUUCUGAUUGAUGGAUCCAGCAGUGUGGGAGAUGCAAACUUCAAACUAGUUCUUAGUUUCCUAAGCUCUAUUGCACGCAACUUUGACAUUUCUGACAUUGGCUCACGUAUUGGAGCUGUGCAGUUCACGUAUGACCAGAGAUUGGAGUUUGGCUUCAGUGAUUAUACAAAAAAAGAUGAAGCCUUGAAAGCCCUCCAGAACAUCCCAUACCUAAGUGGUGGUACUGCCACUGGAGAUGCCAUCACUUAUUCUAUGGAGCAUUUAUUCCAGCCCCGUACCAUGGGUACAGGCAAGAAGUUCCUAAUCAUUGUUACAGAUGGCCAGUCCUAUGAUGAUGUUAGAGGGCCAGCUAUAGCUGCUCAAAGGCAAGGGAUCACAGUGUUCACUGUGGGUGUAGCUUGGGCUCCAAUGGAAGACCUGAAAGCCAUGGCAUCGGAGCCCAAAGAGACACACACAUUCUUUACUCGCGAGUUCAGUGGCCUUGAGCAGUUUGAGCAGCCCAUUGUCCGGGCAAUCUGCAGGGAUUUUACAGAGUUCAAUUAGUGGGGGAAAAGUUAUGGAUAAGUAAAAACUAAAAAAAAAAAGAAAGCAAAAAAGAGAAAGUUGGUUGAAAACAAAUAAAAAAAAAUACAAUGUUUUGGUUUAGCUUUUACUAGGGGUCAUUUCCUCACCUAUCAGAGCAGAAAUAAUUGUAUCUCUCCCUUUUUUCCUUUUCCUUUAUUAUAUUGGUUUGUCUUAAAAAGAGUCUGCAUGGUUGGUGCGUUAGAAAUGAGAUUGAACAAAGGGCUCACUUAUGUUGAGACUGUGUAACUUUAUAUAAGACUCAUAUAGCAGAUAUUAUUACCAGAAACACAUUCUGAUUUCCGGUGUUUCCGUAGACAAAAAUAGGCGAGGAAAAAAAAAAAAAUAGUGCGUCUAUCACCGACAACUCUAGAGAGAUAAAAUGUCCACACCUAUGAUAAAAAAACAGCAGGUUUGACAAGUCUGCCCUCUUGUGCUUGUCGAUGGAACUAUAGAAUACCUGAGAGAAGUUCCAAAUUAAAGGCCAAACCAUAACAUCGCCUAUGGUAUAUCACACCAUGCACAUAAACAAGCACUGUAAUGCAGUUUUUUGCUCAGUUACAUUUUCAUAAUCAUAUUAGAUAAUAGUCAAAUUUAUUCCUCAUUGUUCAAAAUUUGCUCACCAAUUUUGAGUGAUAGAUUUUAAUUAUACAUACUAACAUGUUCUGGUCAGACAAAUACUUUGUUUCCAAAAUUAUGCUUAAUGCACAAUUAUGCUCUUAACAUGUCUUUCUUAUAUACAUAUAAAUAUGCAUGCUUAUGUGCCUUGAAAACUGAGAAGCAACAGCAGAGUGAUUGUACAUUUCUGUUUAAUUUAUUUCUUUCUUCUCAAUAAAGGACAAGGUAUUUUUA